AAGAUAAAAAUACAUUUUUAAUGUAUUUACCAACAGAAUUAUUUAAAACUGUUCAUCAAAGUUUAAAAUCUCAAUCAUUGAGUAAAAAAGGCAAAUUACAAUUUUUAAAAUCAUUUGAAAAAAUAUUAUUACACGAAAUAGAAUCUAGACUCAUCAAAUGUAUAAAUCCGAAUCGUAUAAAAAGAGGUACCAGUGAACAUUAUGAACACGGAUACGAUGAUUAUGAAGAUCACGGAUUGGGCUUUCCUUCUGUAGAAGGUGCAUUAAUGGCUAUUUCAUUUCUUACAUUUGCUGUUUAUCUGGUUAGAUUAGUCAUGCUUCUUUUUCGAAAUAAUGGAACACAAGUUACUACACCCACCGUAUUAGUUGGUAAGAAAAAAAGAUCGGUGGAAGAAUUUAAUGAAGAGACAGCAAGAAUCUUUCAUAGCGUGGAUAACUUCAUUUCUAAUAUUUAAUCGUUAUUCUCAUAUCAAAUAUAAACGUAGAAUAAUCAUAUUUAUAGUCCAUUCUA